AUGUCUUCAGCACGCGGUCGCGGUGGCAAAUUCAACAAGGCGAAGCGCGGAGGCGGCAAGCACUUCUCGAGAGAUCUGCAGCCACUGAACGCAGAGGGCGAGGUCAUGGGCAUGUGGGGCGAGCAGCCCGAGAAGGUCGAUAGGGAGUCGAGCGAUGAGGACUCCUCCGAGGAGGAAUCUAGCGAGGACGAGGACGGCGAGCCAAAGCAGCAGGAAGAGCUCACCCGCGAGCAACGCCGCGAACAGGCCAAAGCCCGCAAGCAGGCAGCGAUAGCAAAGAAGAACCAGAAGGUCCCUGAGGCUGGUGACCUGCCCUCAUCAGACGAAGAGAGCAGCGACGACGACAACAUGCCCGCGAACCCCAACCACACCGCCAAAGCCCGCACUCAGGCCGCGAAAGCUCCUGUCGACCCUGAAGCCGCACCAGCCGCCGCCACCGCCAAGGGCAAGGGCAAGCAGGACACCUCUCAGCUGUCUCGUCGCGAGCGCGAGGCUUUCGAGAAGCAACAGGCGAAGGAGCGCUAUGAAAAGCUGCACGCCGAGGGCAAGACUGACCAGGCGCGUGCUGAUCUCGAGCGUCUUAAGCUUGUCCGGGAGCGUCGUGAGGGCGAGGCUGCGCGCAAGAAGGCUGAGGCCGAGGAGCGUGCGGAGCUCGACAAGGAGAAGGCUGAGCUUAUGGCGCGCGAGGCUCGCAGGAGAGAACAGGCUAUGGGCAAGGCCAACCGCCUUGCCAAGGGUGGAAAGAAGAAGUAA